AUGAAUAAAGUAAGAAUUUUAUUAUCAUUGGCUACUCACUAUAAUUGGGAACUUUUUCAUUAUGAUGUUAAGAAUGCAUUUCUUCAUGAUGAUCUUUAUGAAGAAAUCUUCAUGAACAUUCCAUCGAGAUUAGAGGGGAACACAGUUAGCAAGGACUCACAAUAUAAACAAAGUCAAGGUGACCACACUCUGUUCAUCAAGCAUUUGUCCACAGAGGGAGUAAGUGCACAUUUAGUCUAUGUGGACGACAUUAUAGUGACUGGAAACGAUGAAAGAGAAAAACACGAAUUGAAGCAAAAGACUAGAAAAGGAAUUUGGAAUAAAGAAAUUGGGAAAAUUAAAGUACUUCCUUAG